UAUGUUUUUAAUACAAUAAUUGACUAUAAUUGUUAUUCAUCCUCAUUAACCCAUAUGAACUUUAGAUGAGAUAAUUACAUGGAUAAAUAACCAAGCUGUGGAUAGGCCACACUAAAAAAAGACAGAAACAACAUUUUUAUUUAACCCUUAUUUAACUAGGCAAGUCAGUUAAGAACAAAUUCUUACAUACAAUGACAGCCUACACCGGCCAAACCCGGACGACGCUGGGCCAAUUGUGCGCCGACACUAUGGGACUCCCAAUCACGGCCGGUUGUGAUACAGCCUGCAUCGAGGAGUAGAUUAUUCUGCUCUGUAGGCUACAGUAAACAUUCCAGUGUAAUAACAGUCAUUGUAUUAAGACUCAUUCAACCCUCUAUUUUUACCACUGUAGUCUCUUCACGGAACCAUGAUAGAUUUUUGCAGGGACGGUCAGCCUUCGGAAUGGGGAGGUUCUAAAUUCCUGGCCGCUGGUGCGUCUUGCCCUGGUGGUGGAAACUGGGAAGGGCUGAAGAAGAGAGCCCAGGUAUAAAAGCACCACUAUCCCAUUCCAACGAAGUGUGAACAGUUUCCAGUAUUGAGUGAAGGUAAAGACAAGUUACAGGCCGUCAUCAUGAGUCGCAGCCCAGAAAGGAUGUCUUCUUACCGUCGCCACUUCGAGGGAGCCCUUGCCUCCUCCUCUGCUUCCUACCAGGUGCGGGUUUCAAGCCCUUCACCGACCCGAAGGGAUGUACGUCACCGCUCUGCCAGCUACAGUCGCAGCGGUGGAACCAUGGGGAGGAGGAACGCCUCCAGCAGCCAUAAAUCCCGUAUGACCAGCAGUGUGAGUAUGGGGGCCCUGUGCUUCGGAAUGAACAAGGGCCUGGGGCCCAGCCUGGACCUGGAUGCAGCUGCAGCGGAGAACCAAGAAUUCAUGAGCACCCGCACAGGCGAGAGGAAGGAGAUGGUGGCCCUCAACGACCGCCUGGCUAUCUACAUCGAGAAGGUGCGUACUCUGGAGGGGCAGAACAAGCUGCUGGAGGCUGAGAUUGAUGCUCUGAAGAACCGCUAUAUGAAGCCGUCUGGGCUGAGACAGCUCUACGAGGGACAGCUGAGAGAGCUCCACCGGAUCGCGGAGCAGAUGAGAGUACAGAGGGACCUGGCUGUAGCGGCCAAGGGGGCCAUGGCAGGACAGGUGGAGGUGCUCAAGGUCAAAUAUGAGGAGGCUCUGGAGGCCAGGAAGAAUGCAGAGUUGGAGAUCGAAGCCUUCCGCCCCGAUGUGGAUAGAGCCACCUCGGCCCGUAUCGGCCUGGAGAAACAGCUGGAGAACCUGGAGGUGGAGCUGGCCUUCUUGACCAGAGUUCACAAAGAGGAAAUUGAGGAACUGAUGCAGCAGAUCUAUGUGGCGGUGGCGAAGGUGGACAUGACUUUUGCCCUUCCUGACCUCUCCUCCGCCCUUAAACAAAUCCAGUCCCAGUACGACAGCAUCGCUGCCAGAAACCUACAGGAGAUGGACGCUUGGUACAAGUCAAAGUUCCAGGACCUGAACAAUGUGACAACCAAACACGUUCAAAGUGUUCGAAGUGUGAGGGAGGAAAUCGCAAGUUACAAGAAAGAUAGCUUAAACCUGGAGCGUGAGUUGGAGUCUAUGAAAACGAGAAAUGAGUCUCUGGAGGUUCAGAUUCGUGAUGCUGUGGCGAGACACAAGAAAGAAGAAGAGACACUGCGUGAGCGUAUUGAGGGGCUGAAGCUGGAGCUGAUGGCGAUGAAGGAGAAGAUAGCUCUGCUGCUGAGAGAGUACCAGGAGCUGCUCAACGUCAAGAUGGCCCUGGAGAUUGAGAUCACCACCUACAGGGCGCUGAUCGAAGGCGAGGACACCCGUCUCAGCACCAUGGUACAGAGCAUGUCCGUCGGUGGAGGAAGAGUGGCCAUCAGCGCUAGCUCCACCUCUGCCUCGGUUAGUGCCGCCUCUGUCAGCGGAUACGGGGCCGGGCUGGGCAGAGCCCCUGGUAUUGGAUACGGAGGCACCAAAGAGGCCCCUGGCGGGGCGGUGAUAUCACCAGAGAGCCAGACGGGGAGCUUCGAGGAACAGUCAGUGGAGAUGACUGAGAGGCAGACUCUUCUCAUCAGUUAAGACAGAUGACACGUAUGAGAGCGACACACAGGAAUGCACCAUUACCACCUCUGGAGCUGCUGAUGACACAGACGAGGACUAGAGAUGGAAGUCCAGGCGCCUAACUCCUACACCACCAAAUUAAUGUUAGACCCCUGGAGACCUAAGCCCCAGCCCGUCCACCCUUGCCCCCAAAAAUGUAACCCACACCAACCCCCUAGGAUAGUGGUCAGGACCCCUAUGGUCCUCUUCUCUGUGUCUCUGUCUCUGCCUGCACUAAACUCCCUCUUUGCCUUUCUGUUAGCCUUUAACUCCCUGUGUGUGUGUCUGAGAACCACAUCGUUCUACAAGCAACAAAUAAAAUUAAAAAACAGCAAA